GCGACCAUUUCGCGUAGUCAAGUAGUUCUCGCCUUCCUACACGGCUUGCGGGACGCCGAAGUGAUAUGGUAUAUUAGUAGUAGGGAUUCGGUGAGGUCAGUGACGGAGGUCGGCUUGGGGUGAGCGAUGAGAGGGUGGCGGGGCGAGUGAAGACGGGUCUAUGAGGUGUGUGAUUGGGGGUUCCUGGGUGAAUGUUGACGGCUGUGGGGCAUGUGGGGUUUGCUAAUUUAAGUUGGAUAAUUGGCUCUUUUCUCGUGUUUUUUUUUUUUCUGUUUGUAUGUAAAUAUUUUUGCAACUUAAAUUCCAAGUGAACUUUAACAUCAGAUUUUAUAUUGUUGGUCAUGAAACUUGUUCAUUUGAGGAUAGUGAACAUGCGUCUUAAGAGCCCCUUAGUCGACGGUAUCCGAGGAGAUUUAGGAAAGUGAUUGACUGCUUGGGAGACUAGAGGAGUCAGUGGUUGAUUGGGAUCCAGGAGCUUCAGGGGUUGGAGGACUUUGAGGGUCACAUUAUAUUACACUCUGGGGGCCAGUGAUUGGUCACCAAUAGGAAUCUAAGUAGAGUGGGUGCUAAGGGUGGCAUAUGGGAGCCAGUUGACUGGAGGCCUGAGGGGGGGGAGGUCAGUGAUUGGGGUUUGUGAGGGUGACUGCAUUGCUUUCUGGGCAGUGACGGGUCCUUUAGGGUUGGAUGUGUGGGUCAGUUUUGGCCUCUCCUUGAGUCUCUGUGGACAUGGUAAGAAUCAGUGAUUGGCAGUUGAGCAGAUUGAUGACAGUUUUCUGCUGGGGUGUUUUAUUUGAGCCCCUAUGUUGAGGAUUAUUUGGCGUCCUGUGGAAACCAAUAAAUUGUACUUCCUGGGAAACAUUUAUUGCCUGGCAGUGUACUAAUGAUUUCAAGAGCUUGGGCCAUGUCAGUGACUGGGAGGCAUUUUGUAACCUGGCAGUCCUGUGGUCUACCCAUUGGGGAUUUCUGAAAGUCAGUACUGUCAAUGACUGCAUUUGGGUGUGGUGAGGGCACCUCAUUAUGGACAGGCAAGAAAUGGUCAGUGAUUGGAGGUCAUGAUCCGUGUCUGCAAAUUUUCUGGGUUAAGUUGGGGGUUGGGUACAGUGAUUUAAAUUUUUAGCUUUGUUGGAAGAGGCUGGGCUGUAUGUAUGGUGUAUCAUGGAUGGGCAAUGAAAUGUUCAGAACCUCAGAACCUGCACCAGACACAACCACCUCCCAGCCUGAGCUCUCUGAAGGCAGGAGGAAAUGGAAAUGGUGUUUCUGGAAGGUGGACACAUAGGGGUACAUGAGAUAGUGUGUAGUUUAGAAUGAAGUAGACAUGGGGCUGAUUCCCUUUUCUUCCAUUUGCAGACUCAGUAACCUCUGGGCAAAUUAUGUAAUACCACACAGCCUCAUUGUCCUCAUCCACAAAAUGGGUAUAAUAAUGCUCAUGAUAUUUAACUGACAGCAUUGUGUGAAAUUAAGUUGACAACUUGAUGGGUUUUAUUCAUAUUUACCACACACCAGGCAGGUGCUGAGAGCUUGACAAACCUCAUCUUGCAUUAAGUUUUCCAAAACAUGUGAAAAUACCUGUAUCCCCAUUUUAGAAACUAUGACUAAAGUGUCUCCAUAUUCUUAUAGUUAAAAAGUAGAAGAGCCGCAAUGAGUCUUUCAUAAAGUUUAGUCCAAACUCAGUCUUUUUUCUUAACUCUGGCUAAAAACUAGAGUUGGAUUUUUCUGAACUUUGUCUACUCUGGUGUCUACCAUGGUGACCUUCACUUCAAGGCCCUCAGGAAUUAUUUAUGGAACAAAUGUUGAGUGAGUGACCAUGUGGUCAUUGCCUUUCUAGGGCUUCUUGGUAUCUCUGCAGAACCCCUGGCUCAGGCCAAAUCACUGAGGCUGCAGAAUCUCUCUUCACAGCCCACCCCACCUCUACCCAGUUGUCCUGGUUGGAGCCUCCAGACGCCUUCCCAGCUUCUGGGAAAAGUGGAGUUGUUGGCAAGACAGACCAAGAGUUGAAGUCCAGAGGGGACAUGCCUGCUGAUGUGAAUUUAUCCCAAAGGCCCCAAGUCCUGGGUCCAGAAGAGCAGGACGGUCCAUGCGAGAAAUCAGUGUCGUUAGAGGACGUGACCGUGGACUUCAGCAGGGAAGAGUGGCAGCAACUGGAUUCUGCCCAAAGACACCUGUACCAGGACGUGAUGCUGGAGAUCUAUAACCACCUCAUCUCAGUGGAAGGGAAGUUUGGGCUUGAAACCCCACAACAGGAAAUUCCUGAGAAAGCUUCGUUUCAAAAGGAUGUGGUGGGUGAAGUCACAAGAGAUGGUUCAUGGUGCUCCACUUUAGAAGAGCUGUGGCAGGAUGCUGACCAUAGAAAGAGAGAUCAGCAAAAUCAAAUUCAACCCAUGCGUCAUGGUACUGUCUUCAACAAGAAAACAUUGGACACAGAGAGAGAUUGUGACUAUAAGGACCCUGGGAAAAUCAUUCACAUGAGGCCCCAUCAUGUUUCUUCACAAAGAUCUCAGAAAUGUUGCUCAUUUGCAAAAAGUCUGAAGCCUAACCCAAAAGUAAAUGGUCAAAAUCAAAGCAGUGCCACAAAACAGCUUGAUGACAUUGUUGAGUCUGAUCAGCUGUUCACUCAUAGCUUUUCCAUUGCUUGCAGCAAGAAUAUUCAUACAGGAGAGAAAUUCUGCAAAAGUAAUCAGUGUAGAAAAGUCUAUGGCCAUAAACAGUCAUUUACACAACACCAAAGUCAUGCUCAGGAGAAACUGAGUGAAUGUACUGAAUGUGGGAGGGCCUUCACCCAGAAAUCACACCUCCUCACCCAACAGAAAAUGCAUAGUGUAAAAUAUCUCCAUGAAUGUGGCAAAUGUGGAAAAGCCAUCACCCCACAACCAAAACUCAGUGUAUAUCUGACAGAUCAUACAGGUAAUGUACCCUAUAUAUGUCAGGAAUGUGGGAAGGUCUUCAUUCAGAAAUCAGAAUUGAUUAUACACCAGAAAACUCACACUAGAAAGAAGCCCUAUAAAUGCCAUGAGUGUGGAAAAGCCUUUUUCCAGAUGUUAUCUCUCUUAAGACAUCAGAGAACUCACAGUAGAGAAAGACUCUAUGAAUGCAGUGAAUGUGGCAAAGGCUUUUCCCAGAACUCGACCCUCGUUAUACAUCAGAAAAUUCACACUGGUGAGAGACAGUAUGCAUGCAGUGAAUGUGGGAAAGCCUUCACCCAGAAGUCAGCACUCAGCUUGCACCAGAGAAUCCACUCAGGGCAGAAGUCCUACGUGUGUCUUGAAUGUGGGCAGGCCUUCAUCCAGAAGGCCCACCUGACUGUUCAUCAAAGAAGUCACACUGGAGAGAAACCUUAUCAGUGCCACAACUGUGGGAAAUCCUUCAUUUCCAAGUCACAACUUGAUAUACAUCAUCGAAUUCAUACAGGGGAGAAACCUUACGAAUGCAGUGACUGUGGAAAAACCUUCACCCAAAAGUCACACCUCAAUAUACACCAGAAAAUACAUACUGGUGAAAGACACCAUGUAUGCAGUGAAUGUGGGAAAGCCUUCAACCAGAAGUCAAUACUCAGCAUGCAUCAGAGAAUUCACACUGGAGAGAAGCCUUACAAAUGCAGUGAAUGCGGGAAAGCCUUCACUUCUAAGUCUCAAUUCAAAGAGCAUCAGCGAAUUCACACAGGUGAGAAACCCUAUGUAUGUACUGAAUGUGGGAAGGCAUUCAAUGGCAGGUCAAAUUUCCAUAAACAUCAAAUAACUCACACUAGGGAGAGACCUUUUGUUUGUUACAAAUGUGGGAAGGCUUUCAUCCAGAAAUCAGAGUUGAUUACUCAUCAAAGAACUCACAUUGGAGAGAAACCUUACGAAUGCCGUGACUGUGGGAAAUCAUUCAGUAAGAAACCACAGCUCAAGGUGCAUCAGCGAAUUCACACGGGAGAAAGACCUUAUGUGUGUUCUGAAUGUGGGAAGGCCUUCAAUAACAGGUCAAAUUUCAAUAAACACCAAACAACUCAUACCAGAGACAAAUCUUACAAACGCAGUUAUUCUGUGAAAGGGUUUACCAAGAAAUCAAUUCCUAGUGCAUCAGCAUAUUCAUAAAUGAAAUAUACUCCCUGAAUUUCUUGAUAAGAGUCAGAUCUAAUUGUAUGUAAUAGAUUCAUGCUUCAGAAAUUCUGGAAAUGCUUUACAUGUGUAAACACAUCAUGAAGCCACACAUUAUUUUACAUGAGGGAAAUUACCCAGAAAAGAAUUUCAAAAAAUAAGUGGAAGUGUCCUUAUUUGUACUAGCCUCAUUAAGGGUUAUAAAUUUCAUCUUGGGAAGAAACCCUAACUAAUGCUUUGAGAAAAGCCUUUCUAUAGAAAAUGGUACAAGACAGAUUAUUACCAGAUUGUUUAUAGGAAAGUCCUGUUUAUUGUGGGAUAUCAAUAUGAUAAAGCGCCAGCAAAGUAAUGAUAGGGUAAUAUUACGUAUGUAUAUGAGUGUCUUAUGUAUAUAUGUAUUUUGUAUACAGGUUGAGUAUCCCUUAACCAAAAUGCUUGAGA